AUGUCCAAAGCAUCCCUACCUACAGUGGCUAUCAUCGCCGGCGCCUGGCAGAACCCGGAUAACUACGUGCCACUGCGAGACGCGCUUGCAAGGCUCGGCUACGCGUCUGUCUGUCAAGCAGCUCCGUCCACCUGCCUGCCUCAUGGCGAUACCGAUCUCCAGGCGGACAUUGCGUUUGUGCGCGACGAGGUCCUUGGCCCCUUGGUCAAUGGCGGCAAGGACGUCAUUGUAGUUCUGCAUUCUUUUGCCGGUGUCUACGGGGGCGGCGCCCUGAAGAGUCUGAGCAAGACCGAGUACGCGCAGAAGGGCAAGACAGGUGGCAUUACGGCCGUUGUCUAUGUUGCUGGGCCCUGUGUCCCGAGCGGGAUGAGCACCCUUCAGCUCCUGGGCAUCGGGCAAGACCUCGUCCCCUGGGUUACACUUGAUGAAUCCACGGGUCUCCUUAGCCUCGUCGACCCGGUUGCCCUCUUAUUCCACAAGCUUCCUCCGACUGAGGCGCAAUCUUGGGCUGCCAACAUGAAGCGGCAGGCAAUCAAGCCGCUGCAGUGCAUUGUCCCCUAUGCACCCUUCGAGGACGACUUUUACAAGGGUCAUCUGGCGUACUUGAAGUGCGCAGAGGACGCGUGCGUCCAUCCGCCUGGCCAGGCCAAGUUUAUUGCCGCUGCUGGAAUUCAAGAGACAGACGAGUUGUCAACCAGCCACAUGCCGUGGCUGGAAAUGGCGGAUACUACGGCUGAAAGGAUCUUGGGUUUGGCGGCCAAGGUGGGUAUGUAG